GUCAGUGCCGGACUCCGCCGGACGGAGACGGGGCGGAAGGGUCUAUUCACAGUGUCGGUGGUCGCGGAACAGGGAUGAUGCUGAAGUAUCCCGAUCUGUAAGGCAAUAUUUAUUUAGAAGACAAGGACGGUUGAUAUGUCAGCCUUUCCUCCCAACACAGGUAGCUGUUGGAUCGAGUAGAAGAGACGCACCAUGUAUUCGGAGUGGCGGUCGUUGCACCUCGUGGUCCAGAGCGACCAGGGGCACGUGAGCGUCCUGCACACUUACCCCACGUCGGUGGGGCGAGAUGUGGCCAACGCUGUGGUGCGCCCACUCGGGGCGGCCCUCGGAUCCCCGGUGACCGAAAGUCUCCUCAAAACGGACAAAGAGGUGAAGUGGACGAUGGAAGUUCUGUGCUACGGCCUCACACUACCUCUGGACGGAGACACUGUUAAGCUGUGCGUGGACGUGUACACUGACUGGAUCAUGGCGCUGGUGGCACCCCGAGACUCCAUCCCUCAGCCCAUCAUCAAGGAGCCCAACCUCUACGUGCAGACUAUUCUUAAACACCUCCACAACCUCUUCCUCCCCAGGCCUGAGCACUACAGCCCCAAUCACUUCCGCCUGUGCCAGCAGGUGCUGACGGCGGUGCAGAAGCUGGCGCGCGAGUCGGGCAGCAUGGUGAGGGAGACCUGGGAGGUGCUGCUCCUCUUCCUGCUGCGUAUCAACGACACUCUGCUGGCACCGCCGACCGUGGGAGGAGGGAUAGCGGAGAAGCUGGCAGAGAAGCUGAUCAGCGUGCUGUUUGAGGUGUGGUUCCUGGCCUGCACUCGAUGCUUCCCCACCCCGCCCUACUGGAAGACGGCCAGGGAGAUGCUGGCCAACUGGAGGCACCACCCCCCAGUGGUGGAGCAGUGGAGCAAGGUCAUCUGCGCUCUCACCUCCAGACUAUUGCGGUUCACCUAUGGACCCUCCUUCCCGCCGUUUAAAGUUCCGGAUGAAGACGCCAACGUUAUUCCUGCUGAGAUGGACAAUGACUGUGUGGCACAGACGUGGUUCCGCUUUUUGCACAUGCUGAGUAACCCCGUGGACCUGAGCAACCCUGUGAUCAUCAGCUCCACGCCAAAGUUCCAGGAGCAGCUGCUCAACGUGAGUGGCGUUCCGCAGGAGGUCAUCCAGCACCCCUGCCUCAAGCAGCUGCCGCAGAUCUUCUUCCGUGCCAUGAGAGGGGUCAGCUGCCUGGUGGACGCCUUCCUGGGUAUCUCCCGCCCGAGGUCGGACAGCGCCCCUCCCACGCCCGUGAACCGGCUGAGCAUGCCCCCUCCCCCCACCACCACUAACACCACGCCCCCCCACAGCCGCCGGCACAGGCCCACGGGGGUCACCAAGACCACCAGCAAAGCCUCCACGGGGACCACAGCUCACCCACCCAAAGUGUCCCAUCAGACGUCCUCCACGUCGCCGCUGUCCAGCCCGAACCAGACCUGCUCGGAGCCCCGGCCGCUGCCCGCCCCAACACGGCCCAAGGUGAACAGCAUCCUCAACCUGUUUGGCCAGUGGCUGUUCGACGCCUCGCUGGUGCACUGCAAACUGCACAACGGCAUGAACAGGGACAGCAGCAUGACGGCUCUGGCCACCCAAGCCGGCGUGGAGCUACGCAGGAAGGGGUCCCAGAUGUCCACAGACACCAUGGUCUCCAACCCCAUGUUCGACGCCAACGAGUUCCCCGAUAACUACGAGUCUGGGAGGGCCGAGGCGUGUGGGACGCUGUGCAGGAUAUUCUGCAGCAAGAAGACUGGAGAGGAGAUCCUGCCUGUCUACCUGUCCAGGUUCUACAUGGUUCUGAUCCAGGGCCUGCAGAUCUCAGACUUCAUCUGCCGGCCCGUGCUGGCCAGUAUCAUCCUGAACUCCUCGGCGCUCUUCUGCUCCGACCUGAAGGGCAUCAACGUCGUCGUCCCCUACUUCAUCUCUGCACUGGAAACCAUUCUUCCUGACAGGGAACUGUCCAAGUUCAAAAGCUACGUGAACCCGACCGACCUGCGACGGUCCUCCAUCCACAUCCUGCUGUCUAUGCUGCCUCUUCCCCAUCACUUCGGAAAUGUAAAAUCAGAGGUCCUUCUGGAGGGAAAAUUCAGCAACGAUGAAAACUCCCUCCAGGACAAGGCUGUGACCUUCCUGUCCCUCAAGCUCCGGCUGGUCAACAUUCUCAUCGGGGCCCUGCAGACCGAGACUGACCCCAUCAACACGCAGAUGAUUCUGGGUGCAAUGCUUAAUAUUGUCCAGGAUUCGGCCCUUUUGGAGGCAAUAGGAGCUCAGGCAGAAAUGGGCAGCACGGAAGGCAGCCACGUGUCGGUGAAGAGCCACAGCCGCAACAACAGCGGUAUCAGCACCGCCAGCGGGGGGAGCUCCGAGGCCACCACCCCGGACAGCGAGCGGCCUGCACAAGCGCUCCUCAGAGACUAUGCUCUUCAUACAGAUACAGCCGCUGGCCUCCUCAUCCGCAGUAUCCACCUGGUCACCCAGAGGCUCAACUCGCAGUGGCGGCCCGACAUGAGCAUCUCACUGGCGGCUCUCGAGCUCCUGGCCGGCCUGGCCAAGGUGAAGGCGAACGCGGAAUCGACGGACAAGAAGCGUGCGGUGAGCUCGGUGUGCGGCUACAUCGUGUACCAGUGCAGCCGGCCCGCUCCGCUGCACUCCCGGGACCUCCACUCCAUGAUCGUGGCCGCCUUCCAGUGCCUCUGCGUGUGGCUGACUGAGCACCCCGACAUGCUGAACGAAAAGGACUGCUUGAUAGAGGUGCUGGAGAUUGUGGAGCUCGGCAUAUCGGGGAGCAAGUCCAAGACCGGCGACCAGGAGGUGAGGUACAAGGGGGACAAAGAGCACAACCCCGCCUCCAUGAGGGUGAAGGACGCGGCAGAAGCCACCCUGUCCUGCAUCAUGCAGGUACUGGGAGCCUUCCCCUCCCCGAGCGGCCCGGCCUCUCCCUGCAGCCUGCUCAACGAGGACACCCUCAUCAAGUACUCCAGGCUGACGUCCACCAGCCGGAGUAACUUCCGCUACUUCGUGCUGGAUAACUCGGUCAUCCUGGCCAUGCUGGAGCAGCCACUGGGGAACGAGCAGAACCCCUGUCCAUCCGUCACCGUGCUGAUGAGAGGGAUGUCCGGUCGACACGCCUGGACCAUGCAGCUCUACCACCAGCCCAGAGGGGCGCGGGCCAAUCAGAAGGUGUUCGUCCCAGAGAGCCGUCCUACCCCUAAAAACGACGUCGGUAUUCGGUUUAACGUCAAACACAGACCCUUCCCGGAAGAGGUGGAUAAGAUUCCCUUUGUGAAAGCUGACCUGAGCAUUCCGGACCUGCAUGACAUCGUCAAUAAGGAGCUGGAGAUGCAGCAUGAGCGCUUACGCACCGUCAUGGUGAAGCAGAUGGAGUACGAGACGGCCCUGGAACGCCACACCGAAGACCUGUGGAGGAACAAGAGCUUCCCGGACCCCCUGAUAGACUGCAAACCCCCGCCCCCCUCCCAGGAGUUCCAGACCGCCCGCCUCUUCCUCUCACACUUCGGCUUCCUGUCUCUAGAGGCACUGAAGGAGCCGGGAAACAGCCGCUUACCUCCUCAUCUAAUUGCACUGGAGUCUGCCUUGCCUGGCUUUUUUGAUGACAUAGGUUACCUUGACCUCCUCCCCUGCCGGCCCUUUGACACUGUAUUCAUAUUCUACAUGAAGGCAGGCCAGAAGAGCAGUCAAGAGAUCCUGAGGAACGUGGAGUCCUCGGCCAAUGUCCAGCCCCACUUCCUGGAGUUCCUGUUGUCUCUUGGUUGGCCAGUGGAGGUUGGCCAGCACCCGGGAUGGACAGGGAGCGUCUACACCAGCUGGUCCAUCAACGCCUGCAACGGCAGCGAGGGCCAGCAGCCAGAUGAGGCAGUCACAAUAGGAGACACUGGUGGGGGCGUGUUCAACGGGGAGAAGAGGGUGCUUUAUUACGCCGAUGCCCUGACCGAAAUAGCCUUCGUAGUCCCAUCACUGAUGGACUCCUCUACUGAGUCAUCAGAGAACAGCUUCCCCACUAUGGAGACAGACUCUCAGAUGGACCUGCUUCCCGGAUUACUGAAACAGUCUAACCUGACACUGGAGCUCUUCCCAAACCACUCUGAAAACCUCGGACCGUCUCAAAGGCAGAGUCCCACAGUGAAGACCAAGAAGAUUCCCUUGAGCCGAACUGUGCCACCUUUGGGACCAGAGACUAAAGUGCUAGUAGUUUGGGUCGAGCGCUAUGACGACAUUGAAAACUUUCCCCUUCCAGAACUCUUGGCAGAGACCAGCACUGGAGUGGAGACAACAACGAACAGCAGCACUUCCUACAGACCCAUGGCGUCGGAGAAGGACGUCCCGGUCAUUUUCAUCCACCCCUUGAAAACCGGCCUGUUCCGGAUCAAGCUCCACGGAGCCGUGGGCAAGUUCAGCAUGGUCAUACCUCUGGUGGAUGGGAUGGUGGUCAGCAGGAGAGCUUUAGGGUUUUUGGUGAGACAGACGGUUAUCAACGCGUGCCGGAGGAAGAGGCUGGAGAGCGACUCGUACAACCCGCCGCACGUGCGGAGGAAACAGAAGAUCGCCGAGAUCGUCAACAAGUACCGCAACAAGCAGCUGGAACCCGAGUUUUAUACCUCACUCUUCCAGGAGGUGGGAGAGAGGAGCCUGAAUCCGUGACCCCCCCGAAACAGACUGAAAAGGACUUGCGCAGAUUCUAUAUAUUUAUAAAACUAUUUUGUUAUUUAUAUCAGCACUCGGUGGCCACACGCUUUGAAUGCAGGAUGUCCUCAAAGAGAAGUGAGUUUCCGCACCGACACACAGCCACGGCAACCCCCCCCCAGUGUGCCCCGCCCUAACACUAUUUACCCUUAAUCACUACAUAGGACAGACACGGCCGUCCCCGAGGCCCGGGCCUCCUCGGCACUGCGGUUGGGAGCAUAGCAUCAUAAGCUUAAGAAAACUACACACAGCAAAUGUGGGUUUGUCCCUCAUAGCAAAAAUUAGGCCAUACCAUCAAUGCAAGUGGCAAACCUGUACCAAACCUUUGCCCAGAGAAGAAGUGGAAUUUUAUUGUUUUUCCCAAAGAAUGCAAUACUGUCAUUUGGUUGUUCAUCGUAUCUUAACUGUGUAUCAUCUUUAACACUACUGUAAUUUUUUUUUUUUUUUUUACUUAGGCCUAGAAGGAAACAAACAAUAUCUUGGCAAAUGAGAAAAGAAGCAUUUGAACCAAAAAUACUACCACUACAGCCACUACAAUGGCAUAACGUGAGCAAUCUCUUCCUUUAAUUACAGUAAUGGGUGCAUAAGCAAGCAGUUAGUUGCCAAACUUUUAGAAAGCAAGCCUGUUGAAUGAUGAUCUCCCCCUACUCAAAUGAGCAAGGUUGUUUUUUUUGUUUGUUUCUUUCUUUUUUAAAUCUCAGGUAGUUUAUACCAUAUUGUAUAUGCAUUCACAUCUGAUCAUGUAUUUAAUGCACUUCAACCAGCUGACCUCAGUUAAGGCAUUAAUCACACAGUUUUGGCUUUUUUCAGCAUGUUUUGUCACACGCUCAAAGAAGUGGUGUAUUUUUAAUGGGCAGUGGUCGGAGUCCUUUCCUUUUAAAAGCUUGAUCCGAACUUUGUUGGAACUGCAUCUGACCAUGUAUCUGUGCACCAUUAUUUCAGAUGCCCAUAAUAUAUAAACAUUCAUUAUGUAAGAGUCCAUAGUAAUGUCACAGUGAAAGGAGAGAUUGGCAGAGGUCUUGUUUCGGCGAUAUCACAGUCAAUAUAAUUGCAGUUCAAGCUACUUGAGUCUUCCGUCUUUUUUUUUGCUCGUUGUAUCAACUCUGAUAUGGUCAAAUCGAAAGCCAUAUUUUUUGAUUGAGGAGCAGUGACAUCCUAUAAUAAUUGAUUACAAAAAGGACAUUUCAGGUGGGUGCCUCAUCAGUCCAGUUUAUUUUGUGACAUACUGAGGUCUGGCU